GCGAGAUCGGAGCAUGCCAACCAAGUAACUAGGGACGCUAGUGCCCGGAUGCAGUCGGUUAGCGAGGACACUUGUGUCAGAAAGGGAAAAGUUUCAGACAGUGAAAAUGACAUCGCUUGAAAUUCGACCAGCUCGCGAUCUCAACCGAAGAGAACCACCGGAAUGGGGAACAGGGAAGGCUAAGGAGCAUGUAGACCCGUGGAUACCCCGAACUCCAACUUGGCAUUAUUCUGGUCAACCAAGGGAGCAGUUUUACACCUUGACUCAGCUGAAACGGAGCAACUUGAGGAAAGAUGAUCAGCUCAUCCCUCGCCCACAAGACUCAGACAUGGGGAAGGAACUCAUCAACCUCCCCUUCCCCGCGGAACACCCCUACACGUCACACAUGUCCCAAUUUGCCGUGUUUCCCAAAUUUGACUCCCCGGAAGAUCCCAAAAGGGGCGUGGCUGCUAGGAGUCAACAGCCAAUCAACUCCGAGAUGCCAGCUUCCGCGUAUGACGUCACAAUUAAACAUAAAACGAAAGGUUAUGGAGACCGGUACGAGAUACAGGCGCUGCCUAAGGAAUCGGAGAAGAAAGCUCUCUACUGGCGCGGUGAAGAUUUUUUUGAUCAGCUAGUCAAGACACACGGGAACCGACAACCAUAUUAUCCGACCCCUCCCAAAGUCAUUGCACCAAACCUCCAGGAUCGACCAAUGGACAUGAAGGUUUCAGACCGUACGGCUAACACACUGAGAAAUGUCGAACGAUCUCAUUGGACAACUAGUCACAGUCUAGAUUAUACAGGAUUAGGGCCAAGCAAUCCCCAGAAACUGGAAAAUCUAGACGACAAGCGAGUCCGUUUCCUUGACACCGGCCUCGAAGACGAUAAACUGUAUCCACGAUCCAGCAAUACCUUUGAUCCCCCGCGGCCAAUGGAAGGCCGUAUAGCUCGGAUGUUUACUCCAAAACCGGCCAAUCAGAAGAUGAUAGAGAGUGGAACACCCGUCAAUCCCAACUAUCAAAGAAAGAUGACUUUGACCGAGAAGGAAGAACAUCGCCUGUUGAAUGGCCAGGCCUAUACAAACAUGCCUGACAAUGACACUUUUCAAAGUGAUACUCUCUGGAAGGAGAUGGACAUGAGCUUCAAACCCGAACCAGCCCUUAAGAAACUGGAGGAUCUGAAGGCGACCCAAGAGGGCCAGGAUGUGCCCUACCCCCCGACAGGUGCCCCUCCCGAUCCCGAGGAGAGCUACUUAAAAAAGACAAAGGAUGAUCGGGAUGACGAAAUACAGCAGAUGGAGGCUGAGAACAGAUGGCACCUAUUGGAGUUGCAGAUACCAAGCAAUGACAUCACCUUGCUGAACGUGAAGUAUCAACACGCUACGGAUAAGGAGAAGCCUCAGACAUUCUAUGGCCACGAAGGUAAAUACAAUGAAGAACGAGCUGGGUUGUACAAGACAAGCUACAAUCCUCAGAGGCUGGCAUACUCCAUGAACAACCUUACAGAGUCAGGGCCGGAGAUAAUGAACACGCUGCACUCCCACAUCGGGGCUGAGAGAAUGCCAACAAGACUAAGUCACGACAACGAUGAAGCUUUGAGGACAAGCAGGACACUGUGUACAGCGCAGGCCAAUCUCAGUGGCGACAGAAGGAGUACUGAGGAGGUUCUUCAGCCGUACCAGUUCAGGAAAGAAAACCAGAAGCAAAUGAUCCAGCCUAAUGAAGUGACAGCGAGGCCGCUGGUACAAGAGGGUGAUUUUCUACUGAAGGAGAGCACAAUGGGAGACAGCUAUAACGUCCACAAGUUCCUCCAGGAGAAUGAACUGCCAAGACACGCUAGGAACGAUCCCCAACAGGUCAUGUCUCGAGAAAACCAGAGACUUAGCAAUGUUAGAAGCAGGUCGGGUACUAGGACUUCAAAGAGCGUUCAGUUCUCGGAUAACGUUACUAUAAGAACUGUCGUUCCUGACCAGCCAAUCAGGGUGGAGACCGCACCUGCAGGUGCUACACGGCCUAGGGGCAGGAGUCAGAUGCUGGACAACGAUGUGACAAACACGACCCAGUACGUCAGUCGCCACGCUCUGUACAGUAAGGAGAACGAGAACCCUAUGGACCAGUCUCAGACACCGAGACACAAGGUCAUCUUCCGGGCCGAAUUUGAACCUUUGAAAGAACUGACGACGACCAAACAGGACAUUUCCGUUCCGGAUAGAAGCUUUAAGAGGAGACCCAACGCUUCAUCCCUGUCGGAGUACAAAGAUGAGUUUGGGAGUCUGUCCACGAAUUUUAUGCCAUCGAAUCUGAAAACUACCAUGGCUUUUAGGUCAUCAUACGAAAGUCAGUUCCCGACCUUCAACCUGGACUUCAAAGACGAUUCCAGAUUUAGCUGGGAGCCCGGAUGUGGGGUGCCACGCCCACAAACCUCACUUCUGAAUAUACAGAACCGGUUUAACAGGUCGGCCGUUAGGCGCAGCUUCCAUGGAGACUUCAGAGAAGAAGCUCCGGAUCUGAGGAAAAACAUUUCCAGUGGGAAGAAACAUAAUUUCUCCGGCUUCAAUACUCAGGUUCUUCAUGGCUGAUUGACGUGUGGUGGUGAUUUCUGCAAACAGUGUAAAAACGUCCCCUCUGUACAUCUAUGGCAGUAUGUAUGGUCAACGUGUACUAUAAUGAUGAUCAAUACGUUGAUUUACUGGGACAUGUAAAUAAUCACAACUUUUUGAAUAAAACAUCCAUCGGCAUAGGAUCUCGGACACGAAUCAACAUGUAUCUAGUGUCAUAACUGCUGGUUUGGGGAAGGCGAAAGCCAUACAUGACAUGGUGAAGAUGGUGAAGAUGGUGAAACGACUUCCUCAAGGUUCUCAGCACUACAAUCUGGAGGUUAAUGAAGGGAUGUACACAGACCUGCAUCAGUUCAUUAUUGCAGAUUUUGUCCCGAAUUUGUUUCGUGGCUUCUCAGCACCAUGUCGUGCUCCUGGGUUAAACCACAGUGGUAAACAUCUAAGAUGUGCAUCACUUCGGGCUUUCUUACCACGUUAAUCAGACACGCCACUGGUAUACUGUUCAAAGCAGCGUUAAACCCAACUCACUCACUUAUUCAUGCAAUUUUCACAGUAUUUAGUAUCAUGCCUUCAGUAUUAAUGUGCUUAUUGCGUUUUUUUCGCGACCCAAUUUUGCAAAUAGGUCAUGUUUGUAAGCUUUCCAUUUUUUCACUUAUCACAAGUCUUUUUUCGAUGUAAGUGAAAAAUUAAUGUGGAAAGAACAAAGCAACAAGAAAACAGACCGGGGUCUUAAAUGUCUGCCCAGGGUGGAAAUCAGUUAUUUGAUUAUCAAUGAAUCAAACUAUCAAUUGCAUUUACUCAACGUUUCUUUUAAAAGAAUCACCAGCAGUAUUAUCAGAUGAUUAAAAUCAUUUCAUUUUUCCAUAAUGGACAUAUGUAAUCAUAAUUUUCUGUCGGGUAAGAUUGUGAAUGAGAUCGUUUCAAUAUUACUCCCGAUGACAGCUGUCUCAUGUUGUUUACUUUGUUCAUUAAUAAGGAUAUUUCAUGUAAUUCUUUCUGACUAACUGAUGACGACCAGAAACUUACGAAAACGUAAUGAGAGUGAUUCAUAAACACAUACACU